AUUAUUUUUUUGGAGAGCACUAUUGACGGAGCCAGGAUAUUUUAGCGCCAAAGUUUACGUUGCUUCGUUAGUGUUAUAUAAUCAACACGUAGGCCUACUUUAUGUUGGGACUUAAAUAAUAAUCUGUAGGCUAAGAUUUUUACGUGUUAUACAUGCCCAUCGGGGGCGAACACCACAGACGAUGACGUUAAAUUUCGGCGCCGGGACUUUAUGUUUACUUGGAAUAUAAUCGCAACAUGCUCUCUUUCUAAUUAUCAAGAGUUAAGUUGUAAAAGUAGGAUAAGAGUUAAAAUUUGGUUUCCCCGUUAAACGCAGCCCUCGUCCCUGCCCCCCCGCGCCAUGUCAGAUGACGAGUUAACAUUUUCCCACGAAAUAAAUCGCAAUAGCGCUUUCGUGCCUCCGGACGGACUUUGCUGGUUGUCUGUUCUGUCCUGUUUAGUACUUGCCUGCUCUUACGUCGGAAGUUUAUACGUUUGGCGCAGCGAUUUACCAAGGGAUCACCCGUCUGUGAUAAAGCGGCGCUUCACCAGUGUGCUAGUUGUCUCUGCUCUGUCGCCUGUCUUCGUGUGGGCAUGGAAGGAGGUCACUGGCGUGAGGACCGGGCACUCCUUGCUGGCGCUGAUGGGCAUUCGGCUGGAGGGAAUGGUGCCCGCUGCCAUCCUCCCCCUGCUCCUCACCAUGGUUCUGUUCCUUGGCCCUCUCAUCCAGUUAGCAAUCGACUGUCCCUGGAGUUUUAUUGAUGGAAUCAAAGUGGGGAUCGACCCGUCGUUCUGGGCGCUGUGCGUGAGCGACAUGCGCUGGCUGCGGAACCAGGUGGUGGCGCCGCUCACCGAGGAGCUGGUGUUCCGCGCCGGCAUGCUGCCCAUGCUGGUGCCCUGCGCGGGUCCGAACGCCGCCAUCUUCGUCUGCCCGCUCUUCUUCGGCGUCGCGCACUUCCAUCAUGUGAUCGAGCUGCUGCGGUUCAGACAGGGCACUGUGUCGGCCAUAUUCCUCUCCGCAGUUUUCCAAUUCUCCUACACUGGCGUCUUUGGAGCCUACACUGCCUUCAUCUUCAUCAGAACAGGUGAUGGAACACCUAUGACAGGAGAUCCACAAUGCACCAGCUGAAUGCCAGCCAACGUCAACGAAAGGCAAAGAAUUAAUCAUUGUGUGUUUUCAUACUGGGCUGGGAUGUGGUGUUUGUCUUUGCUCUUUUGCUUUAUAUUGUAUUUCUUCCAGUAGGUGAGUGCUUCGCCUGAUUGUUCUCCAUGUUUCAAAUGGACAGUCCCUUUUUUUUGGAGACACUUUGAACGGCUCUGGGUUUUUGAAGGCGGAAAUAAUAAAUUAAACCCAACGCAGCAACGAAAGACUCAUGUGUUUCAGAAGAGUGCCCAGUUCCCGAAUUUUCAAACCAUAAUUCCAGAAGUGUUUUCCCCCCCCCGUUCCAAAAUUCACUUUAGCUCCAGACGUUUCCCCCCGACUCCAUCCCCGUGCCCCGCCCAUCAGAGCAGGAUCUGAUUCUGAUUGGAUCUGAAAGGCUCUCACAGGGCGGGGACCCCUCGCAGAGCCCGGGAGAGCUUGGUGACCAGCACAGUGCCAUUAACUC